UUCUUCCGCACCAAAGUCCCACUCUUACUCCGAGAUUUGAGUUCUCACUCGGCGAUUUUCAGAUUUGGAAGUUAAUAUAGCCACCGUAGGCGGCGGAGGAAAUGGGUAUUUGCAUAUCUUCCGAUUCGACACCCGUAGCGACGGCGAAGCUGAUUUUACAGGACGGGAGGUUACAGGAAUUUCCGUACCCUGUUAGAGUGUCUUAUGUAUUGCAGAAGAAUCCCAUGUGUUUCAUCUGCAACUCCGAUGAAAUGGAAUUUGACGAUGUCGCUUCGGCAGUCAGCGAGGAUGAUGAGCUGCAACUGGGCCAGCUCUACUUUGCGUUGCCAUUGAAUUGGCUGAAGCAUCCGCUGAGAGCCGAAGAAAUGGCCGCAUUGGCAGUGAAAGCGAACUCUGCUCUAAUGAACAGUGGCAAAAAAUAUGGGUGCCGCCAAAAAUCGGGGUCUCCUCUGGUGUUCUCCGCCAUAGAGCCUCAGCGGAAGAAGGCCACCUCCGGCGGUGCUAGGAGGAGAGGGAAGCCGAGAAAAUUCAAGGCCAUGUUGAGCGCAAUACCGGAAUGAAAAGGGUAUUUCUGGAAUGAGUGGUAGAAGGUGUAAAUAAUGUCAUGGUUCGAGGAUCUGUUAGUCAGAUUAUUGUGCCCCAAGUGAGGGUUGUAUUCCAAUUUUGUCCCUUAUUUGGGCAGAUGAAAUGUUGAAAUACCUUCUUUUUUUUUUCUUUUUUUUUUUAAUUUUUACUCUUUUCCUUAAUUAAAACCACAUGGUGUAU